CACUUCGUGCUGCGACUGUUAAUAAACAACCCGGUCUCACAGCAUUUCGUGUCAUAUUCACGAUAAUUUAGUGCUGAUCAUGGUCACGAAGGUUCCUACCUGCAGUUUGUUUCUACCGGUAACUUUAGUGUAACACACCGCCCGAGUCGUUCGAAGCAAUCUCAAGCUAAACUAUAAAAUUUGAGUAUUUGAGUUCACUCGUGCUGCUAAACCAAAUGCAACAUAUCGCUUUGUUUAACAUAGUGUUGUGUAUUUAUAUACGUACUUUGUAACUAUUGAUAUACUCUGAUUUGUUUGCACGAUAACAAGAUAAAGCACACAUUCCGAAGAGUUAGCAUUUUUGUUUUGUUAGCUUGAGCAACAUUCAAAGCAGCGUAGUUGAGUUUCGAAAAUUUCAUUUCCCACCCUUUAAACGAUUCAUUGCCCGUGUUUACGAUCAUAACGUUUUUAAACGCGCUGUCUUUAGUGAAACCAAAACGCAUCGUUUAUGGUAUGUAAAAUGUGACUAAGGACAGAAAAUGGACCGAGACUUGUUGAGGCAGACUCUCAUCCAUCACGGAGAGUCUCUGUUUACCAAACUGAAAUGUGAGCAAGCGGAAAACCCAGACUUCCAGGCGGUGCUGCCUGACCUGUCCAAAGCCACGUACGACAGGGGUGAUGAACCGCACAGCCCACUCGUGGAGCAGUUUAUUGCCAGGAAAGCUGACAUCCUGUUCAGCCCAUCAUGGAGGACAGCUACACCUCAAGAACAGGAGCAUGAGGAAGAAGAGGCUGGAGAGCCUUACGCAAUCAUGCCACCCGUGGAGGUGUUCAUGGAGCUAUCAUAUGAAGAGAGAAGAUCCAUGAUUUACAGGGACUUGGAGAAAGGAGACAUUGUGGUGGGACGGAUUAACAACAUUCGAGAAUAUGGCUUCUUUCUCACUCUGCUUUGCAUGGCAGGAGGCCUGAAGAGAGACAUAGAAAACCUAGAGUUGUCGGCUCUGUGUCACAUCAGGGAAAUUCCCUCCACUGGCAGCCAUGAUGAUCCGCUGAAUUACUUUCAGAUUGGUGACUUAAUCAGAGGUGGAGUGAAGGACAUUGACCGGUACCAGGAAAAGAUCACAGUGUCCCUCCAGCAGGCCUGUCUUUCUCCCAGCUUAAAGGACAUCAAACUGGGUGUCAUAACUCGAGAAGAGCUGCCCAUUCAUUACAGUCGCAGCCUUUCUGCAGCUGCUGACUUCAAUGAGACAUACGAACGAAUACUCAGUAGGUGCCAUGGUUACCAAAAUCCUUCUGUUGUCGAAUACCUGCUGGAGAAGGUGGGAAUCAGUGACACGCGUCCUCCGUCAAUGAUGCGAGGUCUACAGUGUAAACUUUUCCAAGAAGAUGAUUUUGCUUCGGAAAUCCGGAAGAAGCAGUCAGCAUCCUGGGCCUUGAAGUGCGUCCGGGCUGGAGUGGACCACUUUAAACAUGGCCGCCACGUAGAUGCCAUGAACGAAUACAACAAAGCUUUGGACAUUGACCCAAAUAAUGUGGAAGCGCUGGUGGCACGGGGAGCUCUCUAUGCAAACAAAGGUAGCAUCAUGAAGGCGAUAAGUGAUUUUGAACUGGCUCUGAAAACUUGUCCAGAUCAUCGCAACGCAAAGAAAUACCUGUGCCAGACUCUCGUGGAGCGAGGAAAACAGCUCGAGGAACAGGAGAAACUAGUAACAGCAGAGGGAUUGUAUCGGAGAGCUCGGACUCUAGAUGAGUCGAAUCCUGAGGCAAAAGAGGCCUUACACAACAUCACUGAAACCAUACAGAAAUCGAUCCGUUUGCGCGAAGAAACGCUCGCUAAGGAGCAGAUCAAGGGUACGAGCGGCCCGACGAGUGCCGAGAAAUUACGUAAGAUCUUAAAAGAAGAGAAAAGGAUGAAGAGGAAACGUAAACGAUCUACCUCUUCCUCUUCUUCCUCCCCCUCCUCCUCCUCUUCCAGCAGCUCAUCCUCCUCGUCAUCCUCUUCUCGCAGGAGGUCCAAGAAAAGAAAGAAAAAGCGAAGAAAGUCUGAGAGUGGGAGGAAACACAGGAGGAGUAAAGCGGGUAAGAGGGGGAAAAACCCCAAGGAGAAGGAGGAGGAUGAAGUGGAGUGGUACCCUGCACCUCCCAACACCUCUGCCACUUUCCUCAAUCAGAAAGGUGGUCCUAUGUUUGGAGGUGAUGAAGACGAGGCAGUGGGGAGGGCCAGUGAAGACAGAAGGGUCAGUCGACUGUAUUCCUUGUCAGCAGCUUCAGAGGAGGAGGCAUCAGACUCUUCUCACAGAGAAAGAAAGAAAAGGGACAGGAAAGAUAGCUGGACAGGAAAAAGCAAAAUCAGCCAAGGCAGAAGUCCUCAGAUGGAGGAGAAGAGAGGCAGGAGCUGGGAUCAAAGCAGGGAAAGAAGGAAUGAGAAUAUCCCAAAAGGCAGGAGGGACAGCGACUCCAAGAGGAGAAGCAGCUUAGAGGAUAGUAAAGCACGAAAUUUGUCCAGCUCCUCGGCAGAAUUGGAAUUCUCUCGGACUUCUAGUUUCCAGUCUGACUAUUCGGGAAACCCUAGUUUCACUUCUAGAUGUCCUGAGAAGAGAACGAGGCACGAUUCAUCAACCAGGAGCUCGUUUAGCGGUGUUAGGGUUGAGAAUAAAAAACGACCGGAACCCGAGGAGGCAGAAAAAGAGGAGGAGAGUAGAGGGAGGAGAGCAGAGGAGGAGAGUCCGAAAACCAAACCAGAGACAGACGGAAAUCUAAACGGUCAGAACGAUGCAGGGGCUAAGAAAAGCCUGCCCUCUAACCUGUUGGAUAUUUUGAACCAGAUUGCCCAAUUUGAGAAGGAGAAAGGAGUCAAGUCACAAAAAUAACUGAAAAAAAUAAAACCACAUUACAUCCUUACAGGUAUUUAAAUGGGAAAUAUGUCUGGACUCUGAAUCAAAAACAAACGUUAGACGCCGAAACACCAUUGUAGUUAUGAGUUACUUUCAGUGUUAGAACAAACCUUUCAAAUGUCUUCUGGUGGAAUAGUGGCCUGCCACUGCAUUAGCUUCUGUUUUACAAUGUCAGCAAAUGCUUUUUGAAUGAAUUGGAGACAUAAUUUUGUUCCAGAGAAUUUGUUGAACGUUCCCAAUUAGACGCUCAUUUGAUGCAUAUUUUUCCAGGCUGUAAACAGUUCUGUGUUGUCGACGGCCUUGUUUACUGCUGUGUGCCAUUCUGUAUGUUCUGUCAGUGGCCUUCUUAUUUUUGUGAGUAGCUGCAGCUCCUUUUUACGCUUUACAGAUGUUCCAGCUGUUUUCCAGAACAUUUUUUUUCCUGUAAACAAACUCGGCUGAAUCAAUAAAGCAUGUAAACUCCAUAAA